UUAUUCACAACUCAUUUAAAGAACGGAUGCAGUCUCUACUAUAUAUGUUAAUGCAUAAUGCGCUCCAAGUGAACUUUUUCCCUUCUCUUCCCCCACCCCCUCCUGUUAUUUCUGGUAGGAAAAAAUGCCUGCCUCCAUUAGCCAAGAAAUGCCUAUUUGCCAUUCAACAUUCCAAGAGUUAUACGAUAAACUCGUCCAACUUUUUCAUACGAACGAAGGCAGAAAAGAUCUUGAAUAUUGCGGUGUAUCUAUUUAUUCCUUGUUUGAGUCGACGUUGAAGGCUACACUCGUUUGUCAGGGCGAUUCUGAGAUCGAUCUUACGGAAUUACUGUCAAAAGCAAAGGCACUGACAGACUAUUGCGAUGAGGCUAUCUUACUGUAUCAUUUUAAAGAAGUACCUGAUCAUUGGCGACGAAUGCUGAUGGAUAGCGGAUUACUCAACGUGAUGAUUCAAUUGAAAGGACUGAUCAGCAUCAGGACCGCUUCAGAAGCACCGACGGACUUUGAAAAAUUAGAACCGAAAGUGCAGUCGAUGAUGAGCGAGCUUGACAUCUGUUUAGUUGUGAGUGGAGCGCCUGGGCCCGAUCGAAGGUCGACAGCGCUUCUUGUUUUGGACGAACUUCAAGCGUGGCUGACAGCAGGACGUCGGCGUGUCAAAGAGAGGCAAGAGGCACCGUCUGCCAAGCGAUUGAAGGUAGACGUAGGGGAGAGGCAGAAGACGGAAAAAGAGGAGGGUGCUGCUGGCAGGCUAAAGUACCCUAUUGAACGACUGACGGAAGCGCCGAGUUUCGAGUGGUUCCUGGCUCAUUGCAAUCAAGAGAUACCGACACCGUUCAUCCUUCCCAAAGGAUGCGGUAUCAUUGACGAGUGGCCUGCGUUCAAACACCAUCCAUGGAAGUCCACCGAGUACUUGUUAUCGGUAGCAGCCGAUCGUGUGGUUCCAGUGGAGAUAGGCAGUCAAUACACGGAUGCAGACUGGAGUCAGAAGAUGAUGCGUUUCUCUGAUUUCGUGCAAGAGCAUAUUGUGAAGCAGGAAAAAGACGGUCCGCCUGCUUAUUUGGCGCAACAUGAUGUCUUUUACCAAAUCCCUCGUUUAGAACGAGAUAUUAUUAUACCGGAUUAUUGUUACAUUGAAGCCGAACUGAACGACUCUUAUGUCCAACGCACACCGCAACAAGAAGUGUUGAAGAAUGCAUGGUUUGGACCCAAAGGAACGGUUUCUCCGUUGCAUCAGGAUCCUUACCAUAAUUUGCUGUGCCAAGUGGUGGGGAGCAAGUACUUGAAACUCAUCUCACAUCAGCAAACACCCUUGGUUUAUCCACGAGAAGGGUUGAUGACCAAUACCAGUCAGAUUGAUGUUGAACAUCCUGACGUUGAAAAGUUUCCAGCCUAUAAAGAGGUUCAUUAUUUGGAAUGUAUAUUACAAGAAGGCGAAGUGCUUUAUAUUCCCCCAAAAUGGUGGCAUUUUGUAAAGUCGUUAGAGACAAGUUUUAGUGUAAGUCUUUGGUUUUAGAAUCAUAUAAAUCUCUGUGAUUUCAGGGUUUUUUUUUGGAUUUUUUUUUUUUUUUCCUUCCCAAGGAAUGUCUUGCUAUUCGUAGGAUAAAUCUAGAUAACAACAACAAGAAGGGGAUCCAUAUCUCAUUGCCCAAUAAAAUGGACUCUCAAAAAAUUCCAACAAACACACGGUUGUAUCACUUAUUUUUCUACCCAAAAAAAAUAAAUAAAGGCCAACAAAAACUGUAGUGU